GUGCCAGCGAGCAGCGACCCAAAAUUCACAAGGCAGAGAAGCAAAGUCAGAAGACCAAUCCACAAAGCGCUCCAAGGGGCUGCUUCUUCGUCUUCCCCAAAAUUCAAAACCCCUCUUCCACCGGCCGCAGCCGACGCGACGCCAUGCCGCGGCUUCCGCAGCGCUCCAAGAGGCUCCUUCGUCUUCCCCGAAUCCAAAACCCAUCUCCCACCGGCGCGGGCGCAGCCACCGACGCCAUGCCGCGGCUUCCACCGGCGCUGCCUUCGGAGCUCGUGGAGGAGAUCCUCCUCCGCGUCCCUCCGCAGGAACCCAGGUCGCUGUUCCGCUCGACGCUCGUGUGCAAGCUGUGGCUCCGGAUCCUCACCGGCGACGCGUUCCGGAAGGCCUACCGCGAGUGCCACCACGGUACGCCCCCGAUGCUCGGCAUCUUCCACAACGAUCGCAAGACCUUCUACCACACCCGGUUCGUCCGCACCUUAGCAGACCUCUCCCCGCCCCGCCUCGGCAGCAGCGCCUUCUUGCGCGCGCUCGACGCCCGCCACGGCCGCGUCCUCUUCAAGAUGGAUGCCGACCCUGCCGAGGAUGUCCCUAGGAAGCCUGCGCCUCACGAGCACUUCCUCGUCUGGGACCCGAUCACCCACGAGGGGUGGGUGAUCCCCAUCCCCAUGCCCAGCAGAUCCAUUGGAGGCUGGUUUGCUGUGCUCUGUGCCAGGGACGGGUGUGACCACCUGGAUUGCCAUGGCCAUCCAUUUCGAGUGGCGCAUGCCUUCGUCGAUGAGUUCGAUUUUAACUCCUUCUCUGCGUAUCUUUACUCGUCCGUGAAUGGUAACUGGAGCGACAGGUCCUCUGUUGAGUUUGAUGGUGAGGACAAGGACCUGAAUCACUUCUGCAACCUCCAUGAGAUUACAACCAACGUCCUUGUGGGGAAUGCUCUGUACUUUGACUGUGAUCUGUCCCCGGUAAUAAUGCGGUAUGGCUUGGCGGACCGGGAACUAUCGCUGAUCGAAAAGCCAGAUGUGUGUCGCUAUAUGUCUGGCCAGGUGAUGGUGGAGAACGGCAUACUGGGAUUCGCCACCAUACUGGGGUUCAGCAUCUACAUUUGGUCGAGAGAAGUUGAUGAGCAUGGAGCCGCGGCAUGGGUGCAACCCAGAGUCAUCAAGCUCGAGACGUUGCUCCCCCCUAGGUACCUGUCAACCAAACUCACUAUGUGUGGUUUUGCUGAGGAAAUUGGUGUCAUUUUCCUACGUACAAAGCCGGGCAUCUUCACGAUUGAGCUCAAGUCGGGCCGAGCCAGGAACCUGCGCAAAGAUGGUUACACUCACGAUCCUCUCCCUAUGUGAGCUUCUACACUCCAGGCAGGGGCAUAAUGCCAUUGGACCCUCCGCGUUUGAAGAACAUUGAUUUACUUCGAGACCUGAAGAGGUCAUUCAGUGUAAGGCAUCCGAUACUCGGUUGCAAUGCCUUCCCAACCAACUUGGUGUUACAUGGGCAAGAGUGAUGCUAGAGGUGUUGCUUGGUGGGCAAUAAGAAUCUGGAUUUGUGAAAUGGAUGUAUGACUUGGCAGGAACAAAGCAGCAGCAGCAGCAAUACCGAAGCAGCUCACGGCCGAAGCGGCAGGAUGCUGUCAUGUUGCCUGAUUAAUCUCACCAUCAGCGACAUGGAUUUAAAGCUAAGUGCUCCCAGCCCACCACAUGGAUUGAAAAACUGACACAUAAGAUAGAUCCAGUAGAACUUUUUGUUUAUGGAUUUGCAAGCAACCAUUGUCCAUUUGACCAUGUAAUAUAAGUAUAAUUCUUCAUUUAACGUACUGGUAACAGAGUCUGCAUUUUUCUUACUCAAAUUCAGGGAACACUGUAAAUCAUUAGAACUUUACACAGUUAAUAGUUAUUUAUUGACACUUUUGACUGUCGUUUGCUUGUUGUCCAUGUCACUUUUAAUCAUGACAUAUUUGCUUAUAGAGGUGUAAAUUGAUUUUCUUUCAGUUUCACCGUGCCAGCUCCUUUCUCUUAUUGAUCUUCCUUAACAGUUUCUAUUACUCUAAUUACAGGUCUUAAGGCAAGGAAGAGAUCCAAAGAAAAUCAAGAUGUACCAAGAAAUAUAUCGUUGUUUUUUGGAAGCAAGUCUUGAAUCGAGAGGUAAAAAUGACACAACACAUCUGAUUUCUUUUCAGAAACAAGAUUACAUUAUUCUUGGAAAAAGAUGGUAUUCUUCUAGGAAGAUGAUACAACCUCUGUUCCCAUAUACAAGACAUUCUGGUAGUUCAAAUUAAACUGCCAGGACGUCUUAUAUAUGGGAACAGAGGUAGUCCCUUUUAUGCUGCUGUUCUACACAGAUGGUCACCUGGUUUUGUUAUUUCUAUUCUUGGAAAAUGCCUUUUGCACCUCUUGGGUGCAGGGCCUGUCAGUCAACCUCACCUUCUCCUUUCUGCAUAUAUUGAUUCCUGUGUUAUUCACUGAGCACCAUACCUCCACGGUCGUGUGAUUAUGCUGUCUUGACGCAUACAUGAUCUUGUCCAUGCCAAUUGCAAAUAAGGAUGGCUAAACUUGUGCUGGCAUCUCAAAUAUCUUGGGAGUACUGUAGUAAUUUGUACUACAUAGAUCCUUUCUGCCCAUUUUCACUCAUUUUGGUAAUCAUUUUUGUUGUUCAUGUCAAUUCAGAGACUAUUCCAACCAGAAAAUCUUAUCCAAAUUAUUUCCUUUUUUAUAACACUGUUUGUAUCUCUCCUAAAGCUCCACACAUCUGCCUAACCUCCAUUUUCCAUUUGCGUGACAAAUGAAGGCGUCGAAUAGAGCUUAAUGAUGUGUGUGACUCAUCAACAGGAAAGAUGAUCACCUGGAGGCAAUUAGGUCUCGUGCUAUGCGGUACAGAAUUAUAUAUUUCAGUAGUAAGGUGUUUUGGUUGCACUUGGUUACUUUCCAUGCUGUUGUUGGUUUCUGUUGGUAGGCCCUAUCUGUCGGUAAGUUUUGUUACAUGGUUGUUUUCUGAUAGUGUGUGGAGCAAAUCGCCAUUGUUAGGUAGGAGACAGUAAUUUAUUUAUGAGCUGCUUGAUGAUGAUAUCUAGAAACUUUUGAAAUUUGUCAAUUUAUCUGUAACUAUUUCUUAUGCUUUCAAGUAUUAUGUUUAUUGUCUGGCAGUUUACCUAGAAAAAACUAAGUUAUAGCGGUCAUUUAUGGCUCUUGACUUCUUGCCAUCCAACUUCCUGAUGCGUCAACUGUGGUAACUAUGUUUUGGGCUUGUAGUUCACCUUCAGCUUGUUUUUGGUUUUGCCAAAUUCAUGUUUGACACAGUGAAGAGUGGAAAUAAAUUGAGUUGGUCACCCCCACACCACAAAUGCACAUCUUCAAAAAUCCCAAAAAAAAAAGGCCUGUCCAGGGAAGAUGUCUCACAGUGGAUAGGCUGGCUCUCAGAAAUAUUCGGUAUAACACUAUUUGCCAACUUUGUCGCUGCCAUCCAGAAUCUGCUCUGCACCUGUUCGCCGCCUGCUCAUACUCCAAACAGGUUCAGAGCAGUUUGCUGCUGCGGUAUAGGUUGCUAACGAUUGCUCCUGAUAUCAAUGAGCCCUCACUUCUCUGAUGGUGGGAGAAAAACUGUGAAUCAUAUUCGUCUGAGGCAGAGAGGGAGCAGUUUGGCACCCUUGUUAUGCUGACUGAGCCCUAAUUCUCUGUAAAAAAACCCUACUUCAUUAAUGGAAAGCGGCACUGCUAGCUGCAUUAGUCAAAAGAAAAUAAGGUCUCUGCUUUUGGUUUUCCUUGAACAAGGUACUUAGCAGCCAUAGCUGAAUAUACUUGGUGUCUAUCUCUGUCCGGAGUUCUGGGUAGUAGACCACUACGAGCCGAUUGUUAGGUCUUAUCUGCCUUGUUUUUAGACAACGAGCUGUUAUAUAGUACGAUGCUACUUUUGGAGAGAGCCCCCAAUUUGGUAACAUCGGUAAGGUUGCAGUCUGCUUUAGCAAUCAGGUCUCCUGAUUUUGUUGCUAGACUCUAGAUAGUCGUGAACAUGGAUCUGAUUGUUUGAUUAAAUCAUGCCCCCCAGUUCCCUUAGUUUGUUGGAUCUAAUUGUUUGAUUAAACCGUGUCAUCAGUUAAAUCCUAAAUUGUAGAAGUGCUUUGAUCGCUGUCAGUUAUCAUUGGUUGUCAAACUCGAUACAUGCCUUUAUCCAACCUUCAACGUCAUCUCCCUGGAAGGUAGCAAGGAACUUUAGUGCCCACACUGCAGUAAGAAUAGAAACUUUGCUGCCUUGUCAAUUUUAGCAAUCUGAAAGAGUUGAAAAUCUUAUUUUCUUUGUUCUAAUCAUAAUCCAGGCCUAACACCCUUAUCCAUGUACUAGUUAAUUUGUUGCCAUGUACGAGCAGCACCAUGGUUCUAUUCUUGAGUAUGCAUCUGCCAUAGUAACUUGCUGUCAUUUAAUCUCUCACACUGCAAACAUUAUCAUCAUUAUGGUGUUUGUGUUUUUUAAGGAGAUAAAUUCCAUCGUUAGGUCGACAUUAUAUUUAUAAUCCUAAAAAAUAUACUUGUAUUUUCAAUGUGCAUCGGCAGUUUAGACAGUUUUCUUAUUCAUAUUCAGAGAACAGUGUAAACCAUUAGAAGUUUAGACAGUUAAUUGUUGUUUAUUGACACUUUGACUGUUGUUUGCUUUUUGUCCAUGUUACUUUUAGUCAUGACAUAUUUGUUUAUAGAGGUGUAAAAUUGUGUGGAGCUUAUGCAUGUGAAAUCUUAUGGUGCGGUUUUGACAAAGCAUAGUAUACUGCUAUUUUUUUUUAGCUCAUGCUAUUUGUAUUUUCAGAGUCUUGGUUGUGGUGAACUCAAUGACAGCAGGUGUCACCCUACGCAGAUGGCUUGUGCUUACUAGUUUUGUGUAUGAUCUAUUUCAUCAGUCCAGAGGAACAGCAUACCUAGAAUUGAAGGUAUAUAAAUUCUAAAAGUGUUACAUUAGACUUUAACAGUCAGUUACUCUAAUUGCAGGUCUUUAGGCAAUGAAGAGAUCCAACUAAGGAAAUCAAGAUGUACCAAGAAAUAUAUCGUUGUCCAUGUUAACCUACUUUCAUUCAUCUUGGUUUCGUGUGAAUGAUGAAUUAGUUAAGGCUCUGCAAGAUAAUGGCAUGCGGCUCUCCUUGCUCGGAAGUCUGUAUGAUGACAUCAAGGAACUGCUAAAGAGGUUUCCUGACUUUUCUGUUAAUCAUGUGGGUAGAAAUUGUAAUAGUUUGGCUCACGACCUUGCUAGCGUUAGCCGUACAAACCAAGCAGGUGGUGCACUUGUUGGCGCUCUGCUUCGUUGCCUCAAUUUUUCUUGUAAUGAACACUGUAAUCGUGUUUGGGUGAUGAAGUAAUGGAGCUCUCCCGUUCAAAUU